GGCAGGGCCUUGUCGGGGAGGGCUCCAGGGAGUCGGGAGACGUGGAAGUCCCUCCGUCAUGGCUGCCCCCAAAACCUCCGCCACGAGUGGCAUCUCUUCCACGAGCGGCGGCACUAACUUGCUCUUCUCCUCCUCGGCCACCGAAUUCAAUUUCACCGUCCCUUUCAUCCCAGUCAGCCAAACCCCUCCUGUGGCCGGUACGGGACCUGGCCUCCUUCCCGCAGAUGAUAAUACAGAUGUUGGUGAAGAAGACAGCUUCCUAGGCCAGACAUCAGCAAAUGUAAACCCUCCAUCUACAUUCAGUUAUUUCUCUCAGAUUCCUAGCAGUAGUGAUCCCUUUGGAAGCAUUGGACAACCACCCUUAGGGGUGGCAACCUCAACCCAAGCUGGAACAUCGGUUUUCUCUAAACCUCCAGUUUCUUUCCCUCUUCUGCCUUCAUCACAAGAUGGGCCAAAUAUAUUUUCAGCUUCUGUUUCCAAAUCACAGUUUUUUAAUACUCCGUCUACUUCAGUACAAGGAAUUGGAACUUAUCAAACACCUCAGCAAAGUGGUCCUCCCCUAACAGUCUUUUCAACACCACCUCAGGGACCAUCACAACAAGGUUAUAACCCCUAUCGUCACAAUACCUUAAGUAGUAGAGCCAAUCCUUACAUCGCUCCCCCACAGCUACAACAGAUACAAGCACCUGGCCAGAAUCUGCAGCCCUCACCUUCUGUACCACCUGUGCAGAAAUAUCCAACUCCUGCAGGACCAAUGCCACCGUCAGCCCUAUCACCUCAGACAUCAAUGACACCAGGACCACUUGUGAAGGCACCACCUGUCUUAUUACAAAACCAAUAUGAAUCAGUUCAGCCACAUUGGUUUUACUGUAAGGAAGUGGAAAACAAGGAGCUAUGGAUGCCGUUCAGUGAUCUAGAUUCUACAACUCUAGAGAAGGUUUAUAAUUCUGUGCAACCUGAUCCAGAGAGUGUAGUCUUGAGUACUGAUGGAGGACGUUAUGAUGUUUAUCUGUAUGACCGUGUGAGGAAAGCUGUAUAUUGGGAAGAACAACAGUCUGAAGUAAGACGAUGUACUUGGUUUUAUAAGGGAGAUAAGGACAGCAGAUUUAUUCCUUAUACUGAGGAUUUCAGUGAAAAACUAGAGGCCGAGUAUAAGAAAGCUGUUACUACAAAUCAGUGGCAUCGGCGAUUAGAAUUUCCAGGUGGAGAAACUUUUGUUAUGCAUAAUCCUAAGGUUAUAGUUCAGUUCCAGCCUUCUUCAAUACCAGAUGAAUGGGGCACCACACAAGAUGAUCAGACCAGGCCAAGAGUAGUUAAACGUGGAAUUGAUGACGAUCAUGAGGAUAUUCCAGAUGGUGAAGUGUCUCAAAUUGAUCAUUUGGUAUUUAUGGUCCAUGGAAUUGGCCCAGUCUGCGAUCUACGCUUCAGAAGCAUUGUUGAAUGCGUUGAUGACUUUCGGACAGUAUCCCUGAAAUUGCUGCAAACACAUUUUAGGAAAUCGAUAGAAGAACAUAAAGUGAAUAGAGUCGAAUUCCUGCCAGUUCAUUGGCACAAUGCUUUGCAUGGAGAUGCAACAGGGGUGGAUAGGAAUAUUAAAAAAAUAACAUUGCCAACUAUUGGACGUCUCCGCCACUUCACCAAUGAGACUCUACUUGAUAUCCUGUUUUAUAAUAGUCCCACUUACUGCCAAACAGUUGUGGAGAAAGUAACAGUAGAGAUGAACCAUCUUUAUGCACUAUUCAUGAGCAGAAACCCUGACUUUAAAGGAGGAAUCUCUGUUGCUGGACACAGUUUAGGAUCCUUGGUUCUAUUUGACAUACUAUCCAAUCAGAAGGAUUGGACAUCUGGAGUUAAUUCUACUCCUGUUGCUUCCAAUGGUGCUGUGAAAGAUGUGACAGAAGACCAGCAGGGAUCAUUGAAUUCAAAUUCUGCUGGUUGCCUACUGUCUCAUUUAAAUGAUGAACAUGGGGAUCAGGAUGAUGAGGAUGAUAUUCCAACCUUGCAAAAAACUUUGGAAAUGCUUAGUUUGUCAGAGUAUAUCAGUACUUUUGAAAAGGAGAAGAUUGACAUGGAAUCUCUGCUGCUGUGUACAAUUGAUGACCUGAAGGAAAUGGGGAUACCUCUUGGGCCUCGGAAGAAGAUAGCAAACUUUGUCAAAGACAGAGCAGCCAAACAGGAACAAAAAAAGGCUGCAAUGGCAGAAGUUGCUCAGACAGUUAAGUUUUCUUCAGUUACUGCAUCUUCAGAACCUGCCAUUCCUCAAGAGGCAUCCAAACGAAAGCGCCCAUUUGGAGCAUCCAUUUCAUCCGCACAUGUAGACUAUGAAUUUUUUGACAUGGGGACAGGCCAGGUGUCUGUGGUAUACAACACUCUUGAUUUUGAACCAAAUAUUUUCUUUGCUUUGGGUUCUCCAAUUGGUGUAUUUCUCACUGUAAGAGGCGUGGAAAAAAUUGAGGAAAGCUACAGGCUGCCAACCUGCAAGGGAUUUUUUAACAUAUAUCAUCCGCUUGAUCCAGUGGCAUACAGGCUAGAACCUAUGAUUAUUUCUGAUUUUGAUGUGAAACCAGUCCUCAUUCCACACCACAAAGGCAGAAAAAGACUCCACCUUGAAUUGAAAGAUUCUCUCUCUCGAAUGGGAUCAGACUUGAAACAAGGCUUUCUCAGCUCUUUGAAAAGUGCUUGGCAAACCCUUAAUGAAUUUGCACGUGCCCAUACCUCUUCUUCACAACUCCAAGCAGAAUUGGAGAAAGUGGCCCACCAGAUUAAAGCAGAAGAGGAAAAAGAUGAGGCAGAAGCAGAAAAGAUAGUGGAAAGUCCAGAACUUUCAAAGGAUGAAGACUUGAAUAUAAAAAUUGGUUUGCUAAAUGGAGGCCGUCGUAUUGAUUAUGUUCUUCAAGAAAAACCUAUAGAAAGUUUUAAUGAGUAUCUUUUCGCUUUACAGAGUCACUUGUGCUACUGGGAAUCAGAAGAUACGGCUCUACUUCUUCUAAAAGAAAUCUAUAGAACUAUGAGUGUUUAUCCUGAACAACCACAACACUGAUAUCAGAACAUCUUUAAUACAAAUUGUCAAUUCUCAUCUUUGUUUUGGCCUGCUAACAGCCUUUGAAGAAAAAGACACCAAUUCCCUAUCCAUAGAUGACAGAAGUUGUUUCAGUCUGCAGCACUCGGUUUCUAAGCCACCUUUUAGAAAAGAAAACAUCGGGUGUGGGGAAAAAAAUGUUGGUUUUUUUUUUAGAGCGUGUAUACUGUUUUCAUAGCCUUGAAUCACUUGUGGCAUUUUUGCCAAACUUGAGUCAUCUUAGAUACAUGCAAAUUAAUAAUUUCUAAUAUGCCUUGGUUCGUAAGCUUAUCAGGCCUGUGUUUUUGAUCAGGAUUCUAUUUUUUAAAUAAUAUCUUCAUCGUAAAUAGCAAUAAUACUUUUAUUUAAUAAAUCAAUUUGGUCCAAUUUCUUUAAAAAUGUAAACUUAACAUCAAAUUUGUUUAAUGUACCUUUACAUCAAGCCAGUAUGUUUGCAAAAUAAAUAAUUGGAAUCAAUUUCAUACAAUAUCAGACUUACAAUUACAUUUUUAUAAAAGACUUCUGAGUGUCUGAAAGAGAUGCAUUUUUAUUUUUGUGACAUGAACCUUUAUUCUAAGUUAUAUAGAGAAUUGUUGUAAACUCACUUUAAUGUUUCAUUGAAGUGAUAUUGCAUUGGCUACUUGCUAUGAAUUAAUUUAGGAGUUAAUUUGUACUUCUUGUUUAUUUGUCUGCUUAUUGAGUAGAGAACAAUGAGCUAAAUUUUGUUUGACAUUGGUGAAUCUGCUAGGAUACAUGACUUGAUAUGUGAUUUGAGGACUAGACCUAGAAAAAUGUCUACAUUUAUGGCUCUGCGGGUGGAGGAAUGCUUUAGAGAUCAAAUUUAGUUAGUCCUUUAACAUUGCCUAGUUCUCAUAGCAAAAUAUCUGACAAUUUCAUAAAUAAAUUUAUCAACACUGGACUUCUGAAGCUUAUUUUCCUUCAUCACUUUUAAUUUUCCCCCUCACUGCAUAUUAAGCAAUGUUUCAUUAAAGUGAUAUUGCAUUGGCUACUUGCUAUGAGUUAAUUUAGAUUCCAGCCC